CUCACACACACACACACACACACACACACACACACACACACACACACACACACACACAGUGCAUGUUCAGGCUUAUAUUUAGGGCGAGGUUCAUCACCGAUCUGCUCCAUCAGCGCAGUGACAGAUUUUUCAGCUCUGAAGCAGUGUUGUGAUCGCACCAGGAAUCAGCUGAUUUAUUUAUUAUUUUUAUUACUUCUCUUUUUAUUGCAUAGAGAUCAUAAUGUGCUUUUUAUGGUUCCAGCCGUUCAGUCUGAUCCAGCGACUCUUCUCCAGGCGCUCACAUGGUGUCACUCAGGGCGGAGAGACGCUGCUGUUUUUUGAUCUGGAAACUACAGGCUUAAACACCCAUGAAUGUGAUAUAGUUCAGCUGUCAGCCAUGAGUGGAGAGAAGAUCUUUAAUGUCUACAUGUUGCCUCGGUGCCCUAUAGACUACGGUGCUUCCAAAGUUACAGGUCUGACCACAAACGGAAAGACACUGUUUUUACACGGACAGCCGAUGCCAACGCUCCCACUAGUAGAGGCUCUUAAACGGUUCAUCUCCUUCAUUAAAACCUUCAGCAGACCAGUUCUGGUGGGCCACAACUGUAAACGCUUUGACUGUCCUGUCCUGCUGCGAAUCCUGAGUGAGUUCUAUCUGCUGAAGGAGUUUCAGGACGUAGUGUCCGGUUACCUGGACACGUUGGUGCUCAGUAGGGACAUGUUUCUACUCCACAAAUAUUCUCAGCCCUUCCUGGUCCAGCAUUUCCUUCACAAAUCCUAUGGAGCUCACGAUGCUACUGAGGAUGUGCGAACGCUACAGGAGCUCUUUAGAGUUUGGAACCCAAACCCAGGCCUUGUAGAUAAACACAAGUUUAUUUUAUAGCUGAGAUACAUCAGGGGAGAGUGGGGUCAUUGCAGCAGCAGCUUAAUCACAGCAUUGAAAUUGUUUUUAGAAGUAUUUGAAUCGUGCUCAUCAUGUAUUCCAGUGAAACCAAAUAGUUUGUCAACUAUAUGGAUGCUUACCAGAUUUAUAUAUAUUUUAUAUAUAUAGCCAAGUCACGGCACAACGAGACACUGGAUCCGGUCUGCACCGACGCAUGGACCUUUUGUUUUCUUUUGUUCGAAAGUGAGGGAUACUUGAAUUUUAUUAUUAACUAAUAAUAAAUUUAUUUAAAUUAAUAGAUUUCUAAUCUAGAUUUCAGUGGACCCCACUCUCCUGUUUUUAGUCAGAGGUAUUAAUAAGAGCUUUAAUUGUGCAAUACUGUUUUAACAUUAUUUACACAGAGGGGGGAAAAAAAAGAGAGAAAAAAAAGAGUAGCACAUUUAUAAGUUUAAAUUACCGCUAGCUAUUUGUUAACAAAAAAUGCAAAAUUGUAAAUAAAAAUAAAAGAAUUUCCUUUUACAGUA